AUGACUACUACUAAAGCACCUUUCCUGUUUGACCCCCUGAAGGUUCACACGGCUGUAACCGGCUGGCAGCUCCGGCUAGAGAGUGAGGGCACACUUCUGCUGCCGCAGCCUGCGCCUACAGGGCUGGAUCUGGAGGAUUUGUCGGUUCUCUUCCUCCGCCUGAAUCAACAGUUGCCCGGCGACGUGGGCCGCUUCAGCAUUUUCUUCUUCAACUAUGUAAAAUUGCGGCCCGGUGAGGCCAUCUUCCUUCGAGUCAGCUCCUGCGCUUUACACGGUCUUCUAUCUUCGCUAGAGCUAUCAGCCCACCUCUCUCAGCAGUCCGCAUGUUUGUCUGACUGCAUCCGCUCAGCGAAUGGCUGA